AUGCCAAAAUCAUCUUCUAGAACUUUAUUUGACUUAUUUGCUUUACUCACUGAGAAACAUAGCAAAGAGGUAUUAAGAAUAUCCAUGCUAAAAACAUGGAAAAGAUAUGAUAGUAAUAGAAGCCAUGAAACAAUAACGUUAGAAACAAUUCAUAAUCCAAAUGUAUCUAAUGAAAUAAGAAUUGAAGCACAAAAGUUUUGCAAUUUUGUAAAAGAUGAUUUUAUGGCGCCAUCAUAUGGACAAAUAUUAGCUGGAAAAAAUAAUCAACAACCAGAUUUUGUUAGAUAUUUUGGUUUACAAUUAAUUGAAAAUAGCAUAAAAUUUAAAUGGAACGAUGAGACUUAUAAUGAUAAAGAACGAGAAAAAAUUAAAAAAGGAGUCAUAGAAUUAGUCAAUGAGGGAAUUGAUAAUAUAUUUGUUGAAAAAUUGUUUAUUAAAGAAAAAAUAGCGAAUUUAUUUGCAAAUAUUAUAAAGAUUGAAUUAACUGAUAAUUUAUUUGAGAUGGAUAAUCUUGCACAAUCUUAUUAUUUUUCAGAACCAAUAAAACAGGAGUUAAUGCUUAUCGCUUAUCGUUAUUUAGCUGAAGAUCUUGAUAUACGUGAUUCAUUGAUAAGUUUAAUUUCUAGCUUCAAUACUCUAAAGAAACAAUAUCCUCAUGGAGUUAAAAAUGAAAGCAAUCAACAAGGAAAACUUACAAUUAUGUACAGUGAUACAAACAAUGAAGGAUGGUUAAUAAGAUGGACAAGAUCAUUAAAUCAAUUAAUGAUUAAUUUCCAGAAUCAAGCUGCAAUUGAGUGUUUGUUGGUGAUUGUAUCUAGAAACUUUCAAAAUCCAGAAGAUCGAGCAAUUGUUCUUGAGCCAUUGCUUGAUGGAAAUCUGAUCGAAUUAUUAUUUUCCUCGUAUAGAAGGCUACAACCAAUUCUUUUAGAUGAGAAAGAAUAUGAUUAUACAAAAAAAUUUGUUGAAACUUUGGUAGUUUUGGGUGAUAAGCAUAUUUGUUUCAAGAACAAUGGAUCAUUACCUAAACAAUUUCAAAGAUAUUUAGAAUUAUUGUAUGAAAUUUCAAAACAUUCAUCAAAUUUUAUUGCUUCAUUAACAAUGAUCUUUUGGAACUCGGCAUUACGACAUCCAUUUAUCUCUAAAACUUUCAAUGAACAAGAAUCCUUAUUAUUAAUGUUAUUGGAAUUAUUUUCAAAUAGAGCACUACUUCUUAUGCAACCAGAUGAUGUUAAUAAUGAAAUAGUCUAUUAUAAUGAAUUGGAAUUUGACACAAUUAAGGAAUAUCAUAACUUUGCACAACCAAUUCGUACAAAAUGUAUUGAAGCAAUAAAAUUAGUAGUUCAAAUAAUACCAAUCCAAUCAUUCAAUUGGAUGUUUAAUCGAAUUCAACCAUUUUUCAAUAUUAAUCCUAAUCAAAAUGAUUUAGAUGAAAGUGGGGUGUGUAAGAUGGAUUCUUUGCUUUAUAUAAAGUUUGAUUUAGAAAUGACAAUAAUGGAAUCAAUCCUUUCUUGUAUUGGAACUUUUGUUAAAAAAGACUGUGAUAAAAAUAAUGAUGAUACUGAAUUAUUACGUGACCAAAUAGUUAAUGAAAUGAGAAAUUUACUUAAAAUUUUGCUUGACAUUGAAAAUUUGAUUUUUAAAUAUAUAAUUUUUUGUCCUGAAGGGUUUCAUUUAUCAGCAAAAACAUCCAUGCCUUCAGCCAUUUCACGAUUAAGAUCUGGAGCAAUGACUACUUUGAUUAAACUUGGUGCUGCUAUUCCUGAUAUUUUAAUGAAUUUAUAUGGUGAAAUAUCUUAUUAUAUAAACAAUAUAAUAGCUGCAGAUAAAAAAUUGGUGACUGGAAGAGAAAAUGUGAUUUUUGAUUCAAUUGUUGAAAGUACAAUAAGUGAAAUUCAUUCAAAGAAAAUUAAAAGCUUUUUAUCAAAUAUAUCAGAAUUUUGUGAAGCUUCUGGGCUUGUACUGCUUUCUUCUGUUGUUAAUGAUAUGAAAUUGAAGGGAAUGUUUAGUUUUAAUUCAAUCUUGGAGGAGGGAUUCUUUGAAAGCUUUGAAGAUUGUAGAGUGAGAACAACUAAAACAGGAAAUGAUUCAAGCAAAAUCAUUCCAGAACUAAAUCUAUGGGAAAAAUAUAUUCCCAUAAUAGCAACAUCAAUUUUAUCAUUAAUUAGAAAUAUUCAUUACCUUUGGAAUACUGAAUUAUGGGAAAAUAUUCCAGCCGAAUUACAAAGGAUUUUAGUGCCAAGUGAUGAAGAAAAAGCAUCAUAUUUAGGAUUUCAACAAAAGUCCAAUCCAACUAAUGAUGAUCAUUCUAAACAAUAUACCAUUGUAGGAAUGAUUGAACGAUUACAUAAAUGGCUUUAUAAUAUAAGGAUAGACUGCUAUCGCAUUCUUGGUUGUUUAACCUUUUUUGAACCAUUUUAUUCUAUUCCCAAUAUUCAUGAAUUAAUUGCAACUUCAUUAUUUGAAAAUGCAAAAUAUCCUUAUGUCAUGAAUUGUCAAACACCUGAAAUACUCUCGAAUGUAUUACCACAAUUAAUAAAACACUUGGAUCAAAAGUUGGUUAAUGAAUGGAGUAUUUUGAUUGAAAAAGGAAUACAAAUUUCACCGCAAGAAGAAACUUUAUGUCAUCUUAUAACUUUUGAAGAUAUGAUAAGUUGUUCAAGAGCUGUUCAAUUAUGUAAUAAAAUGAUAAAAAGUUUAAUUCAAAAUGAAUCAUUAAGAAAUUUUGUUGGUAGAGAAUUAUUGAUAUCAGCAUUACAGGCGUUAAAUGAUGGGCACCAAAAGGAGAACCAUUCAUUGAUAAUAGCAUUAAUUACAGAAAUUUAUUUAUCGUUAAGACCAAUCUCUUCUGUGCCAUAUGAAACAUUUGGUCAAAUAUUAAAUUUAGAUCAUGUUAAAUUACAAGAUUUUGAAGCAUCACUUGUACAAGGAAUCGAUUUAAAAGAGCAAAGAAAUACGGUAAAAAAAUUUCUGGGAGGUUUUACAGGAGUAAGAAAAGUCACAAUGACAGUCAAAAGUUCUUCAUCAUCUCAUAGAACAAUCAUUGGCGAUUAUAUAAAACCAAAAUUAAAUGUUCUAGAUAUAAUUGAUGAUUCAAAUGAGUCAACAACAGGAUUGAAAGAGACAAUUUCUCGGAUAAUAACAAUUCAAAGUGAUUUUAUUUGGUAUAGAUUGAUAAAAUUAUCCCAAAUUUUAGAAUAUGGUGCAGCUAUUGAAUUUAAAUCAUAUAUUGUCUAUUCAAUCUUUAGCAUCUCGAUAUUUCCAAUCUUACAAUAUGUAUUUCGUGAAAGCAAUUUAUUGACCGAAGUAGUUCCUCAAUUAACCUAUUCGAUAUUCAUGAUCCUUAUUUGUAUACUGGGUAUAAGAUCACACUGGCGUUUCACUAAAUUAUUGAGAGUCACUAAAAAUUCUACUUCAACUUCUGCCACUGCCACAGCCUCCUCUUCCUCUUCUUCUUCAAAUAAAAUAUUAAUGAAAAAUGAAAAAUCGUUAAACCCCUCAAAAUGGAUUCCAAAAUCAUAUACAGCCUCCGAAGAAGAUUGUGUUAAAUUAAAACAUUCGCCAAGUCCCUGGUCAUCACAACAAUCACGUUCAGCUAACGAUGUUGUCAAUAGUAGCUACUAUAUAGAUAUAAACGAUGAUUCAACGGUUGUCAAUAUCAACGGUACACCAAUGGCACCAAAGAAAUCACCAAGAAGACCAUCAAUUAAAACUAAAACAAAUGAUAAUAAUUAUAUCGCAGAAAUAAAUGUUAAAGAUGAUGUACUUUCAAAACUAAUAACUACCGCUACUACAAAGACUUUAUCAAGCAAACCUUACCAACAAUCUCCACUUAAUCCGAAAAGAUCGGAUAAACCAGAAUCAUUAAAAACAUCUCUUCCCCCUAUCACUAUAAGAGCUAGGUCGGGUAGUUCAUCAAAUGUUAUAGAAUCAAAUAACAUACGGAAAAGUGCAAUAAAUAGAAAUCGAUCAAAUAGCACAAAUACUUUGAAUAAUAGUAAUAGUACUCUGAUCGGCGGUGGUACGAGAAGGAUACCCGGAAGUGCAAGUAGCACUAAAGGUAAUACAGGUAGUAGAGGUGGUGAUGGUGUUAAAGGAAUAAAUACAUUGGGAAGAAGUAGAUCAAGCAGUAACAGUAGUGCCAGUUCAUCAGGAAGUAUAUUAAAAAAGAAGGUGAUUAAGCCAACAAGAGAUACAGUUCUUGGUAUAAUAUAA